AUGACAUCAUCACAGGUCCUGUACUGCUUCCUGACUCACAGAACUUACAGGACAGUUAAUGGUGCAGGGUCAUCAGAGCAGGACAUGCCCCACCCAGCAUAUGUGAGGGGUGAUGAGCACAGUACAGAGGACAUUCCUACAGAUAACUGCCCAGAUGACUGUACCAGGAACUCCGAGAAACAUCUGGUAUAUUCACAUUUUAAAGUAGAUGAUUGUGGUAUCACACAAGAUACAUAUGAAGAGCAUGCCAACAUCCAAGAUAUAUCAUCAUCCAAUCAAAGCAACAAUACAUCAUUUGAUCCUUUUAAAAAGCUCCAAUCUUCUGAUUCAAGAAGAGGUGUUAAACAUGAAACAGCUCAUAUAAGAGAGAAGCCAUUUUCUUGUUUGGAAUGUGGGAAAUGUUUUUACCAUAAAUCAAAUCUUGUUAUGCAUCAGAGAAGUCACACAGGGAAGUAUCCAUUUUCAUGUUCAGAAUGUAGGAAAUGUUUUCACCACAAAUCAUCUCUUGAUACACAUCAGAGAAUUCACACAGGGGAGAAGCCAUUUUCAUGUUCUGAAUGUGGUAAAGGUUUUAAGCAGAAAUCAGCUCUUGUUACACAUCAGAGAAUUCACACAGGGGAGAAGCCAUUUUCAUGUUCAAAAUGUGGGAAAUGCUUUAAGCAUAAAUCAGCUAUUGUUGCACAUCAGAGAGUUCACAUAGGGGAGAAGCCAUUUUCAUGUUUAGAAUGUGGGAAAUGUUUUUACCAGAAUUCUGACCUGGUUAUUCAUCAGAGAAUUCACACAGGGGAGAAGCCAUUUUCAUGUUCAGAAUGUGGGAAAUGUUUUCACUCUAAUUCAUCUCUUCUUACACAUCAGAGAAUUCACAUAGGAGAGAAGCCAUUUUCGUGUUCAGAAUGUGGGAAAUGUUUUCACCAGAAUUCAGAUCUUGUUAUUCAUCAAAGAGUUCACACUGGAGAGAAACCAUUUUCAUGUCCAGAAUGUGGGAAAUGUUUUCACUGUAAUUCAAAUCUUCUUAAACAUCAGAUAAUUCACAGAGUUGAGAAGCCAUUUUCAUGUUCAGAAUGUGGAAAAUGUUUUCACCGUAAUUCAUAUCUUGUUAAACAUCAGAGAAUUCACACAGGGGAGAAGCCAUUUUCAUGCUCAGAAUGUGGGAAAUCUUUUUGCCAGAAUUCAGAUCUUGUUGUUCAUCAAAGAAUUCACACUGGGGAGAAGCCAUUUUCAUGUUCAGAAUGUGGGAAAUGUUUUCACAAGAAAUCAUAUCUUGUUAAUCAUCAGAGAAAUCACACCGGGGAGAAGCCAUUUUCAUGUUCGGAAUGUGGGAAAUGUUUUAACCAGAAAUCGGACCUUGUUAAUCAUCAGAGAAUUCACACAGGGGAGAAGCCAUUUUCAUGUUCAGAAUGUGGGAAAUGUUUUCACAAGAAAUCACAUCUUGUUAAUCAUCAGAGAAGUCACAUAGGGGAGAAGCCAUUUUCAUGUUCAGACUGUGGGAAAUGCUUUAAACACAAAUCAACUCUUAUUGUACAUCAGAGAAUUCACACAGGGGAGAAGCCGUAUUCAUGUUUAGAAUGUGGUAAAAGUUUUAAGCAUAAAUCAGCUCUUGUUGUACAUCAGAGAAUUCACACAGGAGAGAAGCCAUUAUCAUGUUCAGAAUGUGGGAAAUGUUUUAAGAAAAAAUCAGCUCUUGUUGCACAUCAAAAAACUCACACAGAAAAGAAGCCAUCUUUAUACUUAGCCCAUUAGUGACCACCAGGGGCGUAUAUAGAAAUCACUGGGCCCCAUAGCAAGAAUCUGAAUUGGGCCCCCUAAACCCGCCUACUCCCCACCCCUGCCCCAUCCCACCUUCUAUCCUGGCUCCUCCCCUGCAACACCCCUAUUUGCCAAUAAAAUCAUUUCUCUUACCCCAAAAAAGUGAUCAGAAAGUCACACACACUCUAAAAUGGUAUUAAUAAAAACUACAGUUCAUUCCACCAAAAAUUAGACCCCACACGGCUCAGUAGAUAUAACUAUAAAAUUAAGUUAUGGAUGUCAGAAUAUGGUGAUGUAAUAAAGUAAAUACUUUUUUUUUUUCAAUGUUUUAAUUAAUUUUUACACUAUUUAGAAAUAAAAAAACCUAUAUAUGUGGUAUCAUUUUAAUUGUACUGACCCAGAGAAUGAAGGACACAUUUCGUUUUUUCAACAAAGGCAAUGCUGCAGGAACAAAACCCGUAAAACGGUGGGGAUUUUUUUUUCUUCUAAAAUUCGACCCUAUUUGGAUUUUUUUUGCCCGCUUCCCACUACAUUGGAUGCCAUAUUAAAGUAAAAAUUCUCCCGCAAAAAACACGCCCUUCAUACAUCUAUGUGAACGGAAAAAUAAAAAAGUUGUGUUUCUUGGAAGAUAGGGAAGGAAAAAGCAAAAGCAAAAACAAAAAAAACUCCGGUAUACUAAGGGUUAAAGGGGCUAUCUAACCCCUAUUAUGCCCCCCAAAAUGCCCAGACACCGCAUAUAAAUAAAACUUAUGUCCAAUGGGGGGGGUGCUAUUGAUUGCCCCCCAUGUCGCUGGAUGUUUUCAUCUGCGUGACGGAGGCAGUGGCUGUUGUGUGGGCAUCAGGAGCAAUGCGGGUGCCGGGAAAUAAGGUAAAUAAGGUGCCCGGGCAUUUUGGGGGGCAUUAUAGGGGUUGGAUAACCCCUUUAACUCCUUGCUGCUGAUGCCACCAAUCAUAUCAUCCCCCCCUGCAAAGUGACUGAUAAGCUGGGGGGGCCCUGUAGGCUUAUAGAGGACUCAGGAGUACAUUGUGCUUACCCCCCUCCCCCGGAGGGAGGAGUAGGAGGAAAGCACACUGUCCUCUAUGAGCAUACAGGGUGCCCCCCCAAACACCACUGCUUGCUGCUGCCCUUCUCCCCAUCAGGAAUACUUCCUAUAUCCAACCAACCAUAUAUUAACUUUUUAUGAAGUCUGCUGGGGGGGGGGGGGGGGAUGCACUCACUGGUUGAUGACUUGAAGUUGAACUGAUGGCGGGCAGCACGUGAGGGCAGAGAACUGCCACGCCGGGUGCACGCCUCUGUGUGUGCUUCAGCGGCGCCUGCUCCUGCUGCCUGCCAGCGAUACACUGGCCAAUCAGCAGCACGAUCUUUGCGCUGCUAAAAACUGAUUGGCCAGUGUGAAAUGCAGCAGAAACAGGAAUAGGGAGCCCGCAGCCCGGAUCAGAUGGAGCGGAGAACAGACAGGGAGGGAGCCAGGAGGGGUCGUGUGCGCGUCAACCAAGGUGCGUGGGGUGGGGGCGCGGACGGUUUAUGCCGGAGGCCGGGAAAACACAAGUGGACGGGCCACCUCAAUGCCCGAAUUAACUGUAGUCUCUUGUGCAGCAAAAAUGACUUGGACGUAGGGGGGGAGGGGCCUUCCAUGUGCUCUGUGCCCCCCUGUGCCGCGGGCCCCAUAGCAACUGCAUGGUCUGCCUAUAUUGGCAGUACGCCACUGAUGACCACCCUCUUUUUUUUUUUUUUUUUUUACAGGGAGAUAAAACAGUACCUUGCUUUCAGCUACCAGAGGUAGAUCUUUUCGGUAGAAAGAUCUACCGAUUCCAGGCUCAGUCUGUUCUACCCCUAUAAGUAUUUGUAACAUUAAAAAGAAAUGGGCAUUACAUCAAAUAUUGGCUUGUCAGGAAACCGUCAGCUCUGGUCUUACUGGGCACAUUUCAUCAGUAAUGUGCAAGUUCUCUCAAAAAGUGACCCAGGAUAGGAUUGCCUAAUUACAUAGAAGCCAUUACUCGCCCUCGUAAGGCCCCUUUCUAGCAAGCGAUCAUAAAUCAAUAUAAUGCUAUGCGAUCCAUCAGUGCUGGGAGGUCAGGACGGGUGCUCUUGCUGUCCAAUGCAUGGAACUCUCUAGUUUUAAAGGGACCUAAAGGUAUAUCAUCUUAAUCUGUACACCCUGACCAAAAUGUAGCUGUAGAUAAACCCCUGCCACCCCUGUAUUUGUAGAAGUCAUGUGGUUCACUUAUCUCACAUGAAUUUAACAGUGGGUGAAUGCUUGGUUAUUUUUUAUUGUAUGUCCUACCAGCUCUGGAUUGUUUGGCUUUAUAAUUGAAGACUUGAUAUACAAUAUAUUCAUUGGAUAUAAAGAAUUUUUUUAUCAUUUUGUUUCCUAUGACUAUUUUCAUUCCUAUUGUCAAUAUGUUUUAUUUGGAGGAUCUCUAAUAUUCAGGCUGUUCCAUGGGCGCAGUUACAGUUUUGUUUGGG